ACAACAUCAACAAAGAAACCUACUAUGGAGGGAAAAAAAGCUGACCAGUACGAGGAAUUCGAACCGCUGUGCAAAUGGCAACGCAACGAAGAUCGCGAAAUUCUCGAAAUCCAUCUCCAAGAAUUCAAAAAGGAACAGCUGAAAGUGCAAAUCAGCAAUUAUGGAGUGCUGAAGAUUUCUGGAGAACGGCAAUUGGAAGCAUCAAAGAGGACCAAAUUCUACAAAGAAAUCCCACUCCCAAGCUAUAAAUACGAUACCUCUGCGAUCAAUGCCAAGUUUCUUAAUGGCUGCCUCUACAUCACUAUCCCCAAAAUGAAGAACUUUGCCCCUGAAAAACCUGAAUCGUCUAAAAUUGACCAAACCCUAAAACCAGAGUCCGCCAGUAAUCAAUCCGCCGGCGAUGUACCACCAUGUUCCGAGGAGCGAGGAAAUGCGGCUUCGACGGAGUGUGAGAUGCGAUUUCGGGAACGGCGGCCGUCGGGGUUGAGGCUGGCUAAGGUGGCGGUGAGCCUGGCGGCGACGGCAGCCGCCGUGGCGGUGCUCGUUGCUUAUGUUGUGUAUAUGUAUAAGUCCACCGUGGACGAGUUUGAUGACUCAAUAUGUUGACUGAUUCCCUUGCUUUGAAUUAUUGAAUAUUGAUGAUCGAUUUAAUUAAGCAAAAUGAUGUACAUUAUAUUCUACGUUGUAAAUUUCCAUUAUUAUCAUAUUUCACACAAUACUAAUAAAUAUAUAUGUAAA